GUGAAAUCGCCGAAUUGAAAGCUGGAUUCAAGCAUGAGAUGCAUUUCAGCAAUUUGAAUGAGAACUGCCAAACAGAGAUUCUUACGUGGGGAGUUGACAGCAAUGUUCAGGUACCUCCACACUACAGUACUGAAGCGUCGAUUAUCAUUGAAGAAAUGAAUUACAAAGGAUCAUAUUCGGUUGUCACGAAAUUGUCAGGAAACGUCACCAUCUCAAUAAGAAGGCAAGUCAAAAAUUCUGAAGAAAAUAGGAUUUUUGUUUAUAUAUCCAUCACUAUAUAA